UAGCCGGGACAGAAUCAAGCACAGCACCCCACCAUGCGCUUCUCAUUCGUUCUCCUCCUCGCGGUCCUCGGUUGCUUCCUGCUGGCCCGGGAGGGUGGUGCCACAGGCACCUCCACCACCGUGGCCUCCACCAGCCCCACCACCACCACCAGCUCCUCGGCCACCACCACCACCGCCGCGACGUCCACUGCCACCACAACAGUCGCUCCCUCCACCGCCACCACCACCGUGGCCUCCUCGACCUCGGACACGACCACGGCGUCGUCCUCCUCCUCGGGAUCGGCAGCGGCCAGGCGUCGCAGACGUCGUCGUCUGGCUCGUCAGCGCCAGCGCCGUGAGCGCCAGAGGCAGCGCCAGACCCAGAGGCUCCGCAACCGGAUCCAGAACCAGCGCCGCGUGAUCAACCAGCUCGAAGGUUAAGCGGGAACUUACAUCCAGAACUCCCGAGAAAUCAUCCACUAUUGAAAAAGUUAUCUUUAAGCAACUCUGAAAAAUGAAAAAAUUGAAUAUAAGAGUAUUUUGAAAAUAUAUUCUGAUGCAACC